AUGGUUUCAUUAUAUAUAGAAGAAAAAUUUAUUGAUGAUAAUGCAUUAAAUUUAUUAUCUGAAUAUUUUAAAGAUUUUAUAUAUAAUUUGAUUACAAAGUUAAAAACAAGACAAUAAUUCAAAAAAAUUAUAUCUCCAGAAGAAAUUAAAAAAGAUGUUUUAUUUAUUAUUUAAAACGAUUAAAAACUUGUUUAUAAAGCUAUAAAAACAUUAUUAACUGAUUAAUAAUUUAUGAAUUUUUAUAAAUAAAAAAAAUGUGUUCCCGAUACUGUUCCUGCCCCCGGAAAAAAUAAUAUUAGUGAUAUUGAUGACGAUAAAAUUUCAGAAGAUGAAGAAGAAUAUGAUGAAGAAGAUUGA